CUGCUAUCCAACCGUAAGCAAACUCGAAACAGCUCUUCUCACCGCACCCAAGCCAAUAUCAACAGUCUCAUCUCACCGCAACCCAACACAAUUGACACCAACCAACCUCAACCAAACCCGAACCAAACCAGAACCAACCUCAUCCCAUCCCAACCCAUCCCAAAUGACUCUCUCUCGUCGCGCCUCGUCGCACUGCAUCACCGCCCAGUUAUUGUCUCUUGCUGGCGACCCUCAUCGGUCCAGUUUGCACCCUCUCGACCGUCCGACUUACACAACCAUUCUUUUGCUCUCAGCCUCCGCUCGUUGCACGGUUGUCCGCCGCUCCAGUUCAGCCCUCGUCUGGCGCGGAAGGCUCAGGCGUUUGCCGAGGAGCUCAUCCAGAAGGGACGCCUUCAGCACAGUCAGGCCGUGGAGUACGGCGAGAACUUGGCGACGCAGCAGAGCCCGACCAAAUGUCACAUGACCGGCAAACAGGCGACCUGCAUGUGGUACAGUGAAAUCAAAGACUACGACUUCGCCAAAGAGGAUCAGUUAAAAUGCGGCCACUUCUCUCAGGUCGUCUGGAAGGCCACUGAGUUCGCGGGUUUCGGCACCGCCAAGACGACGGACGAGCGCCAAGUGGUCACUGUUGGCAACUACAUGCCUCCGGGCAACUUCUCCGGAGAAUGGGUGGAGAAUGUACCCCGUCCGCUGAGCGGAAGCAUCUACCUGCCGUCCAUAGAGGAGCUGAGUGCGGGGGCUCAUUGGUUGGUUGAAGCGUCUGCAUGUGCAAACUUUGAAGAGGUACCGCCUCUUCUUCACGCGAUGUAUACAACGAAGUCCCGUCAGUCAUGUUGCCGAGGGGCGUCUGCAGGGAUCGUGUGUGAGAGAGAGAGAGAGAAGGCGAAAGAGCACUUCUUCAAAAGACGCAAUUUUUCGCUAGUCCGCCAAAAACCAAUCGACACACCUUGGAGACACUUCAAGGAUGAUGGAAGCAUUGAGGCUCCAGUCGGCCUGGUCUAA